AUGUUUACCGUCGUUUCUCGCACGGGCACGUUUGACUUUACGCCAGCCUUUGAGGACGCCGUCUUGCGUAUCGUCCCUUCAGGCCUAUUUCUAGUCGUGGCCCUACAGCGUCUUGCGUGGCUGGCAAGACAACCUCGCAAGGUCGCCAAAAGCCACCGGCCGCUUGUCAAGGUGGGGUUACUCGGCGCCUACACGGCCCUACAACUUACAGUCUUGCUGUACUGCGCCCUAAAUACACAUAAAUGGUCCUUCUCUCAGCUACGGACGUCGGCCGCCGUGCUCGCCUUUGUCGACGGAUUUUUGCUCCUGUUCCUGUCCCACGUUAAGCACGCGCGCUCGGUGCGACCAUCGACCAUCAUUAACAUUUAUCUGCUCUGUACUCUGCUCUUUGACUACGUUAUUGCCCGAACCCUAUGGCUUACCCACCAUGAUUCCAUCAUCUCGAGCCUCUUCACCUUAACUCUCGCGAUCAAGUUAAUUGUCUUAACUUCGGAAGCUUAG